CAACAAUUGGUAUCAGAGCAAGGGCUCCAAUUUGAAGGUUUAACCACCUAGGAGUUGAUCAGGGAUGGCUCAAUUUCAAUCUUGUCAACCACUUGAAGGUUUGUCUACCAUUAAGCCUCAUUUCUUUGAUGGUACUAAUUAUAAUUAUUGGAAGAAUAGGAUGAAGGUCUUCAUGCUUGCAAAUGUGCCCAAGGCAUGGAUUGUGACUAUGAAAGGUCCAUAUGUGCCUAUGAAAGUAGUUGGGGAAAGUGAGGUGCCAAAGGAAGAAGUUGAAUGGAAUGAUGAAGACUUGGUGAAGAUCAUGAUCAACAACAAAGCAAUCAAUAUGCUUCAAUAUGCUCUCAAUCCAACGGAAUUCUAUAGAGUAUCCGGAUGUGAUACGGCCAAGGAGAUGUGGGACAUGUUGGAGAUGAAACCGGAGGAGAGCAUUCAAUAUAUGUAUACAAGAUUGAAUGAUAUAGUCACCAAUCUCAAGGCUCUUGGUAAAGUAUAUCCUUCUCAAGUAGUGAGGAAGGUUCUUAGAAGCUUGCCCAAGAAUUGGGAAGCCAAGAAGUUUGCAAUUGAAGAGUCUAAGGAUCUCAACACCCUCAAGCUUGAAGAUCUCAUUGGAAAAUUGAUGACAUAUGAGAUAGAAGUUCAAGUUGAUGGUGGAGUUGAAGUAGUUGAGAAGAAGAAGAAGAAUGUUGCUUUCAGGGCUAGCAACCAAAAGGAAGAGAGUGAAGAUGAUGCCAAUAAUGAUGAGUCUAGCAAUGAGGAGGACAUCACCAAAUUGAUUUCAAAGGAAGUGAAGAGAUUCAUGAAGAAGAACAUCAAGAGCAAGCUUGCAACAAGAGAUGAAAAAGAGUCUACCAAAAGGAGUGUGAAAUGCUAUGAGUGCAACAAGAUGGGGCACUGUAGAAAUGAAUGUCCCAAAUUGAAGAAGGGUGAAAGGAAAAACAAGAAGAGCAUGAAGAAGAAAGCUUUUACCGCUACUUGGAGCGAUGAUGAGACUAGCUCAACGGAAAGUGAAAGCUCCUUGGAAAAUGGUGUUGCAAAUCUUUGCUUCAUGGCUCAAGAGGAUAGCUACAAUGAUGAGGAGGAAUGAGAUUGAAUCUCUUUCAAAACAAAAUGAGGUUUUAGGUAAAGAGAAUGCCUCUUUAAAUGGUGAGGUUGCUUCUUUAAAGAAUGAGGAGUAUAAUAAUGCUUUGAAAAAGGAAAAUGAGGAUUUAAAGAAAGGAAAUGAAGAUUUAAAGAAGGAAAAUGAGGUUUUAAAGAGAAAAGCUUGUAAUCUUGAAAAUGUGAUUUCCAAAUUUACUUUGAGUAAAGAAAAAUUUGAUUC